CUCUGUGUUUAUGCUGGCAUUUUACCUGACCUGUUUUGUGAUCCUGACCACCGUAGUGUUUGUUUCAGUUAUUUACUCCUGUGUAAAGCUUUUUCCAGCUCCACUCCAGACCCUUUCAAGGAAGAUUGUUCAGUCCAGGACCAAUAACACCAUAGUUGGGGUCUUUACCAUUGUUCUGGUUUUCUUCUCAGCCUUUGCCAACAUGUUCACAUGCAGCACUGUGGACCUCCUCCAUUGUGUGGCUGAAGAGUAUAACAUCACCCCACAUGAAGUGGACAUGUGCCAUAUUAACGACUUUGCCUCCAAUUAUAGUCUGGGGACAGCGCAGGGAUUAUGUGCUAGCUCCCAGCCAAGCUGCAACUUUCCAGAGUAUUUUACCUACAGUGUCUUACUGAGCCUCCUGGCCUGCUCUGUGUUCCUUCAGAUCAGCUGCAUCGGGAAACUCAUUUUGAUGUUGAUUAUUGAAUUUAUAUAUGUACUCAUUGUGGAAGUGCCGGGGCUUACCCUCUUUGAUAAUGCAGAUCUCCUGGUUACAGCCAAUGCAAUUGUGUUUCCCAAUGGGACAUCAAAUGGAAUGUGUCCUCCAAGUGUGUCCCGGGUGGCCCUCAAGAUUGUAACCCCUGUCGUGAUCACAGUGUUUGUGUUGGCGGUCUAUCUCCAUGCUCAGCAGGUGGAGUCGACAGCACGGCUUGAUUUCCUCUGGAAGCUUCAGGCCACUGAAGAAAAAGAGGAGAUGGAGGAACUACAGGCCUACAACAGACGGCUUCUCCACAACAUCUUGCCAAAGGAUGUGGCAGCCCACUUUCUUGCGCAGGAGCGGAGGAACGAUGAGCUGUAUUACCAGUCCUGUGAGUGCGUGGCUGUCAUGUUUGCUUCCAUCUGCAACUUCUCAGAGUUCUACGUAGAAUUGGAAGCCAACAACGAAGGGGUGGAGUGCUUGAGGCUCCUUAAUGAAAUCAUUGCUGACUUCGAUGAGAUCAUAAGUGAGGACCAGUUUCGACAGCUGGAAAAGAUCAAAACCAUAGGCAGCACAUACAUGGCUGCUUCUGGCCUGAAUGAUUCCACUUAUGACAAAGUGGGCAAAACACAUAUCAAGGCCCUGGCUGACUUUGCAAUGAAGUUAAUGGAUCAAAUGAAAUACAUUAACGAGCACUCAUUCAACAACUUCCAGAUGAAAAUAGGACUCAAUGCUGGUCCAGUGGUAGCUGGGGUCAUAGGUGCACGUAAGCCCCAGUAUGAUAUUUGGGGGAACACAGUGAAUGUAGCCAGUCGCAUGGACAGCACAGGAGUGCCUGAUAGGAUUCAGGUGACCACGGACAUGUAUCAGGUUUUAAUGGUCAACAACUAUCAGCUAGAAUGCCGAGGGGUUGUUAAGGUCAAAGGUAAAGGAGAAAUGACUACCUACUUCUUAAAUGAAGGCCCAUCAGCAAGUUAGCAGCAGUGGGCAAAAGGGACUCUCAAGAAUGGCUCAGUUUGAUUCCAACACCUCAGUCAAUUGGAGAAAAACCUGCUGUUCUUCAGCGAAUCGAAUACAAAGGCAUGGAUGAGGCUUUCAUGUGAUGCCUUCCUAGCAGGAUUGUGUGCAAGGGGAAAAAAAACCCAGUCUGGGCUACAGAGCACACCAUUCAGAAGUUACCUAGCGCUGCUGUGGAUCUCCCCGCCCCCUCCAAGUUUAAACGUUAAGUGAAUUGACCAAAGAUUUAUGCUUAAUGGAAUUUGAAGACACAGAUUUAAGAUCUUCAAGGAGGCUGCUAAGCAGGACUUAAGAUAUUUAAGUAUUUAUUUCAAGUAACACAAUGUUUUUACUUGGUUGAAGGAAAGUAUGAUUCAUUGUGACAAAAGGAGAAAAAAUGAAGAGCAUUACUUUGGAAAGGCUGUGCACUUCCAUACUAUUUCUGGUCCGUGCUGUCCAGCUCCUUGAAGUAUGCCACUGUUCUUUUAUUAGGUGUUUGAGUGGGCUUUGAAAAUUACAAUGCCACCCACUACUGCUGUAUUCAAGGGGCCUUCCUAAUAGUGCCACGAGUAAGGUUUUUACAUUGGAAAAAGAUGCCUUGUCAUGUACUUCUGCCGUCCCUACACUAGAUGUGAGGCUUAUUCUUUUUACCGAGACUGAUGCGUUAAAGAGAGAGAAAGAGAGAGAGCGAGAGAGAGAAGCUUUGCUUAAGGUGAAGAAAAAUGACUCUUCAAGCAUAUUCAUCACAUGAAAAGGCCUUGGUGCUCCUGUUUGGCGCAUAUCUGUUUACAUGUGAAUGAUUAACUAUUAGCAUGAAACACGUGGACAGGGAGAUUUCGCUAAAGUGUGAGGGACUGCUGGUUUUGGUGUGGGCUUUUUAAAGGAUUUUAAUAUAGACAAUAUUGAGUUCUAAUACAUCCAAAUUCUAUAUUUUGUAAACUCUCUGAACAGGCACACAAGAAGAAAUCCACUUGUAGUGGGGUGCACCAAUUGCUUUGUGAAGGGAUGUGAAGCAGGGUUGGACCACUGCCAUGCAGCCAACUAGCUUAGCCCUGGCACCUUCGAGUGGCAUUUGCCAACUGUGAGGCAGAGCAGAUAUAUUUGGACUCUGUCUAGCACCCCCUUAGCAUCUGAGCCACUUCUAUGGCAUCACCAUCAGUGAAGAUUCCUGGUAUUUGGAAAGGGGGUCAAGUGUUGCUGAGGGCAAACCCACACACUCUCUUUCCCCCCACCUGGUUCCCUCUGAGGGUCGGUCAGGGCUAUGCAAUGUUUCUGCCCUUCAGUUCUGGCCCAGCCGUGGGGCUGUGCACACAGGGCAAGUGGGAGAUGUACAUAAGCUGUUGAAUUGUGUGACGUUCUUUUCAUUAUUUUCUGAAUUGCAGACUUGGCAGUUUUCAGACAAACCCUGUACAGGCCAGGAAAGAAAUAUAACAACCCCAAACGAAGGGAUGCUUGAGUUUGUUUUGAGGAAAUGAAGUGCAUGAAAACUAUGAUUACGCAGACAAGGAAAACCAAAAAGCUAGAAUAACCACAUCCAUUAGUGGUAUUAAAAGGAGCUGAGUUCAAGAAGUAAUCAAGAAACAAUUUUGAAAUUGUUAUUUGUGAGGAAUUAUAGUGACCACCACUUCUGUUGUGUAUUUGAACAACAGCAGAUGAGGCAAGAUUUUCUUUUUGAAAGACUGUAUGUUUACAACUCGUGUAAUAACUGCCUGUAGUGCUUCUGCGGAAUCUUACCUAGAAUUUUUUUGCACUCUUGGACUGAUGUUGUGAAAGUUUUAUUCUUAGUUUGCACUGAUUGUGGAACGCACUUCGAAGAUUUAAGCCGGUUUCCCCCCCUCAGAACCAAACAAUUAAUACCAUUGCUAGAGCCUAUGGGGAUAUUGUGCUGUCCUCUCCUGUUGAACAAGUUGGAAAAAAAGAGGGCCAGGGUCUUGAGUUAAAAGAAAGAGAGGAAUUCUUAAUAGAUGCAUUACUGAAUUAAAUACAUUUUGAACUUUUAAAGGCAAA